AUGAGCCACUCGAGAUCAGCAAGCGAUGACUCCCUGGACCCCGAGUGAGCGACCCGCCAAAUGGAACACGAAGAAAAGGAAGGGCAGAUGCAUUUGUGUUGUCCUCCUUUCCUCGUGCUGCAGUCGAGCCCUCGACAACGACCACCAGCAUAUGCUGGCGGAGACGCUGGGGGAUGAAGGCCUCUUUCGAUUCCGGGGGGCAUACGAGCGACUCUGGACGGAGUUCCAGAAGACGAGAGCCAACGAGCAGCACCUGCAGGAGGAGUAAGUCUAAGACAGAAAGCGACACGAGACAGGCAGGCAGGCAGGCAGGCAGGCAGAAUUGCUGUCUUCCAAUAUUUUCGUGCAGGUGUGACAGUCUGAAGGCAGCUCAGGCCCGAGAAAGACGGAGAAGCUCUCAGUCAGAGAGCGCAGCCGCCAUGAGUAUGCAGCAGCAGCAGGACACGUGUGUGCCACCUACAUGUAUCUCGUGGCCUCCUUCUGCGUGAGCUUACAGGCAGUGAAUACGACGAGGUGGUGAACAAGCUGGAGAGCGAGCUCAAGGAGAAGAGCACAGCCGUACGAGAUGCCCAUCGGAGCAUCGCAGCGUUGCAGCAGCAAGUGGAGGCCGCGGAAGAGGAUGCCGCACACUACAAGACCCAGGUCGAUAUUAUCAAGGAGGAGGGAGACAAGAAAGCGGCAGAGAGCAGGCGGCUGAGGAAUGAGGUGACGGCUCUCCGCAAGAAAGACCAGCAGCCCCCCCCCAUACCGCCUCUCGGCAUCGACAGCCUCCCUUCAGCAGCCGCCAGCUCGUACAGCCCCAGGAACAUCGAUCGUACUACGCCGCGUGCCAGUCAACUACUACAACAACUGAAAGUGAGACAAGAGGGAGACAGGAGCAUUGUUUGUGUUUUUCAUUUCUCUGUAUGCCCCCAUCAGGACGUCAAUGAUGACCGGGAUAAGUAUCUGCGGCAGCUACAGGCUCUCAGAAGCAGGAAUGAACAGUUGGAGGCGUCCGCUGCUGAGCUUCGUGCAAUGGUGAAGGCGUCCAAGACACAACAAGUCAGCACACCUGAGCUGAGCUCUGAGCCGCACAACGGUGAGACACAAGCUUAGAUCGGUCGACGAGACAUUGAUUGCGUGUCUUUUUGUCAGGCGAACGUUUGGAUGAAACUUUGAUGCGUGCCGAGAGUCUGGAAUGCCAAGAGGCCUUAGAGGAACAGCGGGCAGCCAAUAGACGCUCAUGUCAGAGGUCGAGGUAAGCAAAGUAACACACAUAUGGGAAACAAGCGAUGUGUCCACGUAUGCUUGCGCGACGCGUUGCACGACUGUACAGGAGUGACGCGAGAAAGUUCGUCUGCUGGAGUCCAUGGUUGAGGGUUUGAGGGCCAAACAAGGCGGCGAGCACGUUGCUGUGAGCAAAAGCGAAUGGACCCAUUGGUGCAUCAUCAUGUCCUGUCCUGUCCUGUCCUUCAGGGAUGGGGCGAUUUGUUUUGUUGCACCGGUCGGUCCAAGUGCUGUGGGCGCGAAACACGCUGUCGAUCGUCAUGCAGGUGAGACACUGUGCUGAAGUGAAGGGAAAAAUCUGUAUAAUCCUGCCUGAUUGCAGCCCCUGCUGCAUGCGGUCGUCCCGGCGCCUUGAUGAAGGCAGUGCGGCACAGGGCAGCAGUGACAGCGCCGGCACCAGGCCUUGGUACGCGGUGCUCAGUCAGGGAUUCCAGUGUGUCACUCACUCACUCGCAUGCACACCUUUGCUUGCUGAGUCAGGUACGCGGUGCUCUUUUCUCCAAGCGAGUGGUUCGGGGCGCAGGGGGGUUGA